UUAGAAAUUUCCCUUCAUACCAAAUUUUGUGGAAAUUUGGGGUUUUGGAAUUUCCAACGGCCUAUUAUCAAUUCAAUGCAUUUUGUUUGAAGAAACUUCCUUGCACUUCAUGUAUUUUUGUGUUUUAGCUAAGCUUACUGUAUAUAUAUGGAGUUGUGAGCAAUGGCAAUUGCAGCCAUGACUACUCCUCUUCUUAUUUCCUUUUUCCCUUUCCUUCUUCUCAUUCCCGCUAUCUGUUUUACCAUUUGUGAUGCCAAUUCCAACCAACUUUGCAUUCAAAGUGAGAGAAAAGCCCUUUUGAAAUUCAAGAAUGAUCUUAUUGAUCCUUCAGACAGGCUAUCUUCAUGGGUUGAAGGUGGGGAUUGCUGUGAAUGGAUUGGUGUCUUCUGCCAAAACUCAACAGGCCACGUCCACCAACUGCACUUGGCUGCUCCUCCUCUUUCAGCCCCAGAUAUUUACGCACCACCAGCUGAAUGGGAACCUUACAGGCGGUCAAAACUACGAGGCAAAAUAAAUCCUUCACUGCUGGAGUUAAAGCAUCUCAGUUCCCUGGACUUGAGCAAUAACAAUUUUAGCAGCAUACAGAUCCCGAAAUUUUUCGGUUUGCUGGAGAGUUUAACAUAUCUUAACCUCUCUCUAGCACGAUUCCAGGGAACAAUUCCUCAUAACCUGGGGAAUCUUUCAAAGUUGCAGUAUCUUGAUCUUGGAUAUAAUGAUCUCAAAUCAGAAAGUCCUCAAUGGGUUUCUGCACUUUCUUCCUUGCAUUACCUUGAUUUGAGUUCUGCGGAUCUUUACGAAGCAAAUGAUUGGGUACAGGUAGCAUUCAAACUUCCUUCUUUGUUAGAGUUGCACUUUACAGAUUGUG